AUGCAGCAGCCGCAACAGCAAAACUACCGUCCUCCACAUCAAAGGACGGGGUAUCAAGCUCUAAAAACUCAGCAGCAUACUCCCGAAAAGCAAGGCAAGUCGCUUGAGGAGAUGAUGGCGGAUUUGAUUGGUAACCAGCAAUUUUUGCAAGGUAAUGUGCAGCAGCUUCAACAAUCUCAAGCCGAGCAGAAGGUGCAAAUCGAGGGGCUAGCUCGUCAGAUGUCCCAGCUCGCAACAUCCAUGAAUCAACUUAGGGAAAAUAAUGGAGCUUUACCAUCUCAAGUUUACGUGAAUCCAAAGGAGAAUGUCAACAAGAUCACAUUGAGAAGUGGUACAGAGUUGAAUGGACCAACAUUCCAAGGUUCACAAGGUAGUCCGAGGGCAGAUUCUGGAGUCGACUCUUGUGAGGAGCAAUUCGAAAAUUCUGUUGAUACGAUAGAUUCCAUCAUUCAACCGGCAGAACAGUCAGGUUUGGCCAAACAGAACAGGGGUUCAGCGGUUAAGCAGAAGAAGAAGGAAGCAGAGGUUGAGUCCACCAAGGAGGAGCAGACCAAGGUCUCUAAAUCUUCGAGCCUAUAUGAUCCCAAGGUUGCAAUAUCAGUUCCCUUUCCAGGAAGAUUGGCGAGGAAGAAGCCGGAGGAGGAACUAAUCGAUUUUGUGAAGAUCUUCGGCAAACUUGAAGUGAAUCUUCCAUUCCUUCAAGCACUAAAAAUUCCUCCAUAUGGGAAAUUUGUGAAGGACUUCAUAGCUGGGAAGUCCAAGGCAACUGGAAAGAUUGUGAUGGGCGAGAACGUUUCAGCCGCAAUCAAGAAAGAAUUACCUGCUAAAUGCAAAGAUCCAAGUAUGUUUUCUCUCCCUAUUUACAUUGGUGAUACUAGGAUUGAGCAUGCUAUGUGUGACUUAGGAGCAUCUAUCAAUGUUAUGCCUCUUACUGUUUCUAAUAGUUUUUCGGGUGUAGAAUUGGUAGAUACUAGAGUGGUCAUUCAGUUAGCCGAUAGGUCAUGUGUGCAUCCCGAGGGUUUACUUAAGAAUGUUCUAGUAAGUGUAAACAACUUUGUUUAUCCUGCCGAUUUCUAUGUGGUGAGGAUGAGUGGAGUGCAAUCACAGGGGUCAUCGGGAGUACUUUUAGGUCGUCCAUUCCUAAGGACUGCAAAGUCAAUCAUAGAUGUUAGUAAUGGCACGAUUUGUCUAGACUAUCAUGGAGAAAAAUAUACUUUCAGUAUUGAUGAUGCCAUGAACCCUCUCGUCCAAGAACUUCUUGAGACUGAAUUCAUGCAGGAUAAGUUGGAGUUAGCCAUGAUGAAGAGCUGGAUAGAUUUUGAUGCCCAAGGGAUGGACGAUGCAGAGAUCAAGGAGGCUAUCAUGUCACUUUAUGCCCAACCGGAAUUGGUCAGUUCGGGAAGCCAGUUCUAUUUGCCCAAACAGACACCGUCAGACAGACCGCUGAGAUCCGAUGAGAAGCCGCUGGAGUUAGAGCUCAAGCCUCUUCCUGCAACCUUGAAGCAUGUCUACCUCGGGGAGUCUGAAACUCUCCCAGUGAUCAUCAGCAGCGAGCUCACCGCUACUCAGGAGGAGCAGUUGAUUGUCGUGCUCAGACGGCACAAGAAAGCCAUAGGGUGGACUUUAGCAGACAUCACCGGUAUAAGUCCCGAUGUGUGCCAGCAUUAUAUUCUCUUGGAGGAGGAUGCUAAGCCUGUUCGAGAUUCGCAGAGGAAGUUGAACCCGAACAUGAGGGAGAUUGUGCUUAAGGAGAUUCUAAAGCUUCUCGCUUUAGGAAUUAUUUAUCCUAUCUCUGACAGCAAGUGGGUGAGUCCGAUUCACAUGGUCCCGAAGAAGUCUGGAUUGCAAGUGGUUGAGAAUGAGAAGAACGAGUUGGUGCCGAUGCGUCUUGUUACUGGAUGGCGCAUGUGUAUCGAUUACCGGAAGUUGAACGCUGCCACUCGCAAGGAUCAUUUCCCGCUUCCAUUUAUUGAUCAAUGCCACUCGCAAGGAUCAUUGCCAUGA